AUGGCCGGCAGGCUGCUGCUCCGUCCGGCGGUUCUCCGCAGCAGCAGCAGCAACAGCAGCAGCAACAGCAGCAGCAGCAGCAGCAAGCAAGUCCUGCUGCGUGCAGAAGGAGCAGCAAGACGGUGGACACGCUCAAGAGCCAACGUGCAGCAAACACAUUCGGCAGAAGCAGCAGCAGCAGCAGCAGCAGGAACAAGAUCAGCAGCAACUGCUACACCAGCACCAGCACCUGCAGCAGCAGCAACAGCAGCAACAGCAGCAACAGCAGCAGCAGCAAAUGGAUCUCUGUGGAUAGUUCAUGGCCGUGGUGGAUCGCCGAUUUGCCGCUCAGCUUCGCUGCAGCAGCAGGCUGCUAGCAGCAGCAGCAGCAGCAGCAGCAACAGCAGCAGCAGUAGCAGCAGAAGCAGCAGAAGCAGCAGUAGUACCUGCUGCAGCUGCUGCAGGGUUGGUGUGCUGCAGCUGCCUACACCCGUUGCUGCACUUAGCGGCAGCAGUUUGCUGCUGCAGCAGCAGCGGGAGCGCUUAUACAGCAGCAGCAGCAGCAGCAGCAUUAAGACCUCAUGCAGCUUUCUUGCUGCACACCCAUCCAAGGAUUCCUGCUGCGCUUACUCCAGCAGCAGCAGCAGCAACAACAGCAACCAAUGCAGCAGCAACAACGACAUAUGCAGCAGCAGCAGCAGCAGCAGCAAUGACAGCAGCAACGACAGCAGCAACGGCAGCAGCAGCAGCAACAGCAGCAACAGCAGCAGCUGCGAUUUCAGCUUUCAGGAAAGUGCUAUAGAAAGCACCGCAGCAGGAAGUGCCUCAGCACCUGCAGCACUCAGCAGCAGCAGCAGCAGCAGCAGCAUACACAGCAGCAACAGCAGCAACAGCAGCAACAGCAACAAUAGUACCGACAACAAUAGCAGCAACAACAACAACAACGACACAAAAAGCAACAAUAAUAACGGCAGCAGCAACAGCAGCAGCAGCAGCAACAGCAACAGCAGCAGCAACAGCAACAGCAACAGCAGCAGCAGCAGCAGCGGUCACGACGAGGAAGCAGCAGCAGCAGCAGCAGAAGCAGUAGCAGCACGGGCAGCUGCUAAAGCAGCAGCUAAGGUAGCAGCAGCUGCUGCUGCUGCUGCAGCAGCAGCUGCUGCAGCACAGACAGGUACAACAGACACAGCAGCAGCAGCAGCAGCAGCAGCAGCAGCAGUUCAUCCUCCUGCUGCUCUCCAGUGGGAGAGGACUAUUGUAGUCCCUGCGGCAAACAGGAGCAGCAGCAGCAGCAACAGCAACAGCAGCGCGAAUGUAGCCGCAGCAGCAGCAGCAGCAGCAGCAGCAGCAGCAGUAGCACGGGAGUACACCGAUGCUGCUGAGAACGCCUUAUCUAAGGCAGCAGCAAAAGCAGCAUGCAUGCAAUUUGCUGCUGCAGCAAGCGAACGCUGGACAAUCCUACACGAAGCAGGUUUUGCUGCAGAGCAGCAUAUGCGUUCAGACAGACCUAUGGGAACGCUGCCGCUGCAGCAGCAGCAGCAGCAGCAGCAGCAGCAGCAGCAGCAGCAGCAUCAAGAGCAGCAGCAGCAGCAUCAGCAGGAACAUGAUGAGGAGGAGGAACAAGAGAAUAAUAAUCAGGAUCAUGAUCAACAGUUUGCUGCUUCUGCUUCUGCUGCUCCUGCUGCUGCUGCUGCUGCUGCUGCUAAGGAGGAAUGUGUCCCUUCGCAGCAGCAGCUGCUGCUGCUGGUGGUAGCAGGAAGUGUCCCCUUUGUUGGCUUUGGAUUUGUUGACAACUUCGUCAUGAUUGUUGCAGGAGAUAUGUUUGACACAACACUUUGCGUCUCUCUUGGCCUCUCAACAAUGGCUGCAGCAGCCCUUGGUAUGGUACCAUUGCUGCUGCUGGAUACAAAGGAAGGUGCUCGUCUUAAGACACAAAAGGACGAAGAUCAUUUCAUCUUUGUUGACCUCAUGCAAGAAAUACAGCUGGAUUCAGGUAUACCUGGGGAGGCAUAUAGGACUGGUAAGGUGGUUAGUUGGAGGCCUCCUUGUUAUGACAAAGAAAAUGAGCUGCAGGAGGAGAAACCCUCUAUUGCGGUGUCACUGCAGCAGCAGCAGCAGCAGCAACAGCAACAGCAGCAGCAGCAGCAACAGCAGCAGCAGCAGCAUAUUGUGGAACCAGAAGAGCUUCUAGCCCUCGCAGAAUAUCUGCAGCAAAAGGAGGAAGCAGCAAACAAUCUGCAUGUCUCCAAUGAGCAACAUUACCAGCAGCAGCAGCAACAGCAGCAACAGCAGCAACAGCAGCAACAGCAGCAACAGCAGCAGCAGCAGCAGCAGGAGAGUUUUACGUGUCUUAGGAGUGGUGAAUAUGCAAAGGGCAAAGUUGCAGCAAAACAAAUCAUUGGCGCACCCGUAUUUGGCCUUCAG